GCGGCUUGUCGUAUCUACGUACCAGCUCCGCCUUGUCGCUAUACGCUAUAUUAUUAUAUACCGUUGUAUCUAUUUUGAAAAUGCACUUCUUUACUUAUCUUUCGUCACCGCCAUCCGUCAUUACUCAUUAGUCAUUUAUGUCGAUAUUUCAAUUUCACUACUAUACUUCAUAAUGUUUAAAUCGCUAUGGGAACGAAUCGUUGCCUACUUAGUACGUUUGUCUUAGGUAAACCUACAUUGGUUCACAUUUUAAUAUAGGUAGGUAUAUAAUAUUUUUUAUUAUUAUGACUGGUUAUUUUCCAUGUCUUAAGUCAAAAUGAAACGAAAUCUUAAAAGCAUACUGAAGUAUUUACUUUUUAUUGUGAUCACUGCACUCGUGACAACUGUAAUUUUUAAAUUGUCUACACAAUUUAAUCGAUAUGAAAAUAAUAAAUCUAUGCAUGGGAAGACAAACAUUGCUGACAAACAAUUAUAUACAAAUAAAAAUCAUAAUAAUAAGAUUGAUUGGCAUGAUUGGGAAUUUACUAAUAGAGAGAAACAACGAAUUGGUAUUGGUGAACAAGGAGUUGGUGCUACAUUAUCAUCACUUAAUCGGCAUAAAUAUGAUGAGCUGUAUAAAGUAAAUGGAUUUAACGCCCUGUUAAGUGAUAGCAUAUCUGUUAAUCGCUCAAUACCAGAUAUACGGCACAAAUUGUGUCGUUUUAAAAAAUAUAGUAGUAAAUUACCUACAGUUAGUGUAGUUGUUCCUUUUCAUAAUGAACAUUUCUCAACACUUCUUAGAACUGUGUAUAGUGUCUUAAACCGUUCUCCUAAAAGUUUACUUAAGGAAAUAAUUUUAGUGGAUGAUUCAAGUACUAAAGCUAGUUUAAAGAGACCAUUGGAUAAUUUUGUAUCAAACAAUUUAGCUGAUACUGUUAAAAUCAUUCAUUUGAAAAAAAGACAAGGUUUAAUUAGAGCUCGUUUAGCUGGAGCUAGAAAAGCUACUAGUGAAAUUCUAAUAUUUUUGGAUUCACAUACGGAAGCAAAUGUUAACUGGUUACCUCCCCUUUUAGAACCUAUUACUGAAGAUUAUCGAACGUGUGUAUGUCCAUUUAUUGAUGUCAUUGCUUUUGAAACCUUUGAAUAUCGAGCACAAGAUGAAGGUGCUAGAGGUGCUUUUGAUUGGGAAUUUUUUUAUAAAAGAUUGCCACUGUUGCCUGAAGAUUUAUUGUAUCCUACUAAACCAUUUCGGAGUCCUGUGAUGGCAGGUGGUUUAUUUGCUAUAUCAGCUAAAUGGUUUUGGGAACUUGGAGGUUAUGAUCCCGGUCUUGAUAUAUGGGGUGGAGAACAAUAUGAAUUAUCAUUUAAAAUAUGGCAAUGUGGUGGUACUAUUUUAGAUGCACCUUGUUCAAGAGUAGGCCAUAUUUAUAGAAAGUUUGCACCGUUUCCUAAUCCUGGCAUUGGUGAUUUUGUUGGAAAGAAUUAUCGUCGUGUAGCAGAAGUAUGGAUGGAUGAGUAUGCUGAAUAUUUGUAUCUACGUAGACCACAUUACAGAAAUAUCGAUACAGGAGAUAUAUCUAAGCAGAAAAAAAUUAGAGAAAAUCUUAAAUGUAAACCAUUUGAAUGGUUCAUGCAUGAAGUAGCAUUUGAUUUAGUCGAAAAAUAUCCACCUAUUGAACCACCAGAUGUGUUUAAAGGAAAGAUAAGAACUUUUAAUGCUCCAGAACUAUGUUUAGAUGCUACAUCAGAAAACCUGCUCAAUUUAAAAGAAUGUAUUGAUAAUGAUGAUGAGAAUCAAAAAUUUAUAUUGAGUUGGCGGAAUGAUAUUAAAACAAGGAGUAAUAUGUGUUUGGAUAUAAGUGACUCAUCAUUCAAAGCAAAAAUUAGCUUAUAUGGAUGCCAUAACGGUGGAGGAAACCAACUGUGGCAUUAUGAUCAUGGUAAAAUGAAACUUGUCCAAGGAAAAAAUCCUAGAUGUAUGGAACAUGAUAUCAGUACCAGAAAAGUUUAUGUAACUCAAUGCAAACAAAACAUAGAUGAUCAAAAAUGGAUAAUAGAAAAUUUUAACUCUAAAUCAACUAACUGGUCAUUAACACAAUAAAGAACAAUAAAUAUUAUUUUAAGAUUUAAGUAACAAGUUAUUUGAACAAAUAAUUUAAAUAUUAAUACCUACUUAUUUAAUUUAUACGAUAAAAAAUGUAUAAUUUUUCUAGUUUUAUAUAAUGUAAAGUGAUAGAAUGUAUUAUCAUGAUGGUCAUAUUUUACAAAUUUAAUAUUAAAUAAAUAUUUUUAAAUAAACAACAUAAUUGAUAAAUUAUAAUUUAUUAUCAAUGUAAAAAAAAAAACCAAUAACAGAUAAUGCAAAAAAUAAAAAUAAAUCAUAGAAAUUAUAUUACAAAGUGCCUAAUAUUACAACAUUUUAUGUUACAUAGAAUAUACCUCAGUAUUAAUAUAAACAAAGUAUAUAUUUUUUUUUACUUAACACAUAUAUCUAAACCUUAAAUUGUGUUGGAUUAUCUGCAAUACAAAUCAUUUUAUGACUACUUUUAGACCAAAACGAUGCAUAUUUGAAUUUAUUUCAUAUUAUAUACGUUUUAACAUGAAAGUAAAUAAUUGUCUUUUACAAAAAUAUACAAACAUCAAUUGGUCUCUAAAGCAUUGAUACUUGACACUUAUACCAUACAAUGUUUGUUAUAUUUUUUACUUUUGUCUGUGAUAUUAUUAUUUUAAAUUAUAUGUUGUUACCAAUUUAUAUUCUUUAGUCUUAACAAUAUUAUAAUGAACUAUAUAACUUGUCUGACAUUGUAUAAAGCAAUUUUAUAAUUAUUUAUUGAAAUAAUGUAUAUUUUAUAUUUGGCUGAUUAUAAAUUAAACAUUAAGCUCUACUACUAUUCAUUAUAUUAAUUGUGUAAUAAUUUAAAAUACAAUGGAAAUUAUAAAUAUAAACAUCAAAAUGUAUUUAAUA